CUGAAAGUGAAUUGGGAAGUAAAUACGCUCGUGAUGUCUUGUUUUUUAUGCCAUCUAUCGACGCAAAAUGUAGAAAUGGCUUGCAAAGACAUAACACCUCACGACGCCAGUGUUUUGAACGCUGUUUUCAACCCCAGUUUGCCUUUCGGAGAUGUUGUUGAAGAUACAGAACAAUCUACACAGGAAGAAGUGAUCAGUAACACUGAGCCAGUCCAGCAAGCCAGGGAGUUAGAGGUCAGAGGAGUAGAGGCAGCAGAGAGAGGGGAUAUUACCAGGGCCUUGGAGCUGUUUAAUGAGGCAGUGCUCACAGCCCCUAACUGGGCCUCUGGCUACAACAACAGGGCACAGGUCCUGAGACUGAAGGGGGACACUGAGGGUGCUCUGCAGGAUUUAGACAAGGCCCUUGAGUUGAGUAGUGGGACUGGCAAGGCUGCUUGUCAAGCUUAUACACAGAGAGGACUCAUAAGACGGUUGGAAGGAGAUGACGAGGGUGCCCUGGCCGACUUCAAGGCCGCUGCAGACCUGGGAAGUCAGUUUGCCAAACAUCAGCUGGUUAUUAUGAACCCAUAUGCAGCUAUGUGUAACCAGAUGCUCUCAGAAGUGAUUGGAAAACUGAAGAAAGGAGAAGCAUGAAUGUUUACUGGAAUAGGAAUUGGGUGUUGAUUUGUCUGGAUUUAAGAUUGCUCACAUCAGGAUUCUUACAAUCACACUUUUUUUUUUUUUAUGAACACCUCAUGGAAAGCUAAUGGAAACAGUCAGAAUCAUGGAAUCAUGGAAAUUGCAAAUAUUUGUCACUUAAGAUUCCUGGUUUAGAAAAUAAGACAGUAAGCCAGUGUAUUGAGAAUUCCAGAGGAACUAUUCUCUGCCUUGGUAUGUUAUUUCAAGAAACUUGACUUUUAAAUUAAUGGCA